AUGAGUGUGCUUUUGGAAACAUCAUUAGGAGACAUUGUUGUUGACCUCUUUGUCGAUUCGGUGCCAAAAGCGUGUGAAAACUUCUUAAAGUUAUGCAAAAUCAAGUACUACAACUUCUCGCCAGUUCACAGUGUGCAAAAGUCCUUCUCCUUUCAGACCGGUGACCCGAUCGGGCCAGAUUCGGCAGAGAGUGACGGUGGCUCAUCGAUAUGGGGCAUUUUAAACGGACCGUCGCAGAAGACCUUUCCGGUCGAAUUUGCGCCAAAGCUCAAGCAUACUAGCCGUGGCACUGUGAGUAUGGCUACAGUGCCAUCGUCAACGGAUCCCGAUACCCGCCUGGCUGGUAGUCAGUUCAUAAUAACCCUCGGCGAGAAUCUGGACUAUCUGGACGGCAAAGCCGCUAUAUUUGGCAACGUGGUUGAAGGUUUCGAUGUCCUGGAAAAGAUUGAUAGUGCUUUUGUUGAUGAGAAAGGACGACCGCUUAAAGAUAUACGGAUUAAACACACUGUGAUAUUGGACGAUCCUUUUGACGACCCUCCAGGCUUGGUGGCGCCGUCUGAAAGCCCUGUUCCCUCCAAAGCUCAGCUAGCCACAGUAAUGAUAGCAGACGAUGAAGAGCUCGAUGAUAACAUAGAUGAAGAGUCAUUGGAGAGAUUGCGGAGAGAGCGCGAAGCAAGGGCGCAGGCCUUGACUUUGGAAAUGGUGGGGGAUCUCCCUUUCGCUGAAGUCAAGCCGCCAGAGAACGUCCUUUUUGUAUGCAAAUUGAACCCAGUUACUCAAGAUGAGGAUUUAAACUUAAUAUUCAGCCGUUUUGGCCCUAUUUUAUCCUGUGAAGUUAUCCGAGACAAACGAACCGGAGACAGUCUUCAAUAUGCCUUUAUAGAAUUUGAAAAUCAAAAGGAUUGCGAGCAAGCCUAUUUUAAGAUGCAAGGGGUUUUGAUCGAUGACCAUCGAAUACAUGUGGACUUCUCCCAAAGCCUACGAAUGCUAAAAGAGCCGGCCAAAGAGGUGGAUUUGGUGGCAUAUCUAGUCUUGAGAAGAAACGACACUACAGAGCAGCUGACGCUCCUCGUCAACACGACCGGUAUGGAAUGGUGUUUGACAAGGAAGAUAUCCGCACGGGAAGUGCUAGCAGGGAAUCGUACCAACCCUCUUCGCGGCACCGAUCACGAAGUAGAAGCCCGAGUCGACGCUAUCGCCACGCAUCCCCUCGACGAUACGAUGACAAGAGGCGAUACAGGCGUAGUAGUCCAGAUUCUCGGUACGACCGGAGUUACGACAAUGAGCGACGACGGAGAUAAUAAUGAUAUUGUGGGGUAA